CGGGCGCGGCUAAUCGCGGCACGUGGUCAGCGGCGGCAGCAUGGCGCAGCUCACGGCGCGGUUCCGCACCGACAACCGCAGGUACGCCGUGGAGGAUGUGCCCUUCUCGGUGCCCGCGGCCUCCGAGACCACCGACCUCAGCCACCUCAUCAACCAGCUGCUGGCGGCCGGCCACGCAGAUCACAAGUAUGUGGAAUUUGACUUCCUUAUCAAUGGCCAGUUCUUGCGUAUGCCACUGGUCACGCACAUGGAAAUGGAAAAUAUCUCCACAGAAGAAGUGGUGGAAAUAGAGUAUGUGGAGAAAUAUAUGGCCCCUCAGCCAGAGGAAUGCAUCUUCCAUGAUGACUGGAUCAGUUCUGUUCAAGCCACUGAAGAAUGGAUAUUAACUGGCUGCUAUGAUCAGACUGCUCGAAUCUGGUCUUUGGAGGGGAAAUCCAUCAUGACAAUAGCUGGGCAUACAGAAGUAGUGAAGGAUGUGGCAUGGGUGAAGCAAGAUAGUUUAUCGUGCCUGUUACUCAGUGCUUCUAUGGACCAAACUGUCCUGCUAUGGGAGUGGAAUGUGGAGAAGAACAAAGUGAAAGCCCUUCACUGUUGCAGGGGACACGCUGGCAGUGUAGACUCCAUAGCUGUUGAUUGCACGAGAACUAAAUUCUGCAGUGGAUCCUGGGAUAAGAUGUUAAAGAUCUGGUCUGCAGUACCUACAGAUGAAGAGGAUGAAAUGGAAGAAGCAGCUAACAGACCACGGAAGAAACAGAAAACUGAACAGUUGGGACUAACAAGGACUCCUCUGGCAACCCUCUCUGGCCACACAGAAGCUGUGUCCUCUGUGCUGUGGUCAGACACUGAAGAAAUUUGCAGUGCGUCAUGGGACCACACCAUUAAACUCUGGGAUGCUGAGACUGGAGAUCUCAAAUCAACUUUGACAGGAAACAAAGUGUUUAAUUCUGUCUCUUACUCACCACUGUGUCGGCGCCUCGCAUCCGGGAGCACUGACAGACAUAUUAGACUAUGGGAUCCUCGUAGCAAAGAUGGCUCCUUGGUUCUCCUGUCUCUGACAUCUCACACAGGCUGGGUGACAUCUGUGAAGUGGUCACCUACCCAUGAGCAUCAGCUGAUCUCUGGUUCUCUGGACAACAUUGUGAAGCUCUGGGAUACAAGGAGUUGCAAAGCUCCUCUGUAUGACUUGGCUGCUCACGAAGACAAGGUUUUGUGUGUGGACUGGACAGAAGCAGGGCUGCUAUUGAGUGGAGGUGCAGACAACAAACUGUAUUGCUACAGAUACCCAGCUACAGCCUCUGAUGUUGGAGCAUGAAGGUCAACAGCCAGAAGAAUUUUUUUUUUUUAAUAUUUUUGCAGCAGUGGCUCUCUGUUAGCAUCCCUACAGAACCAACAUCUGAAGAGAGUUUUUUGUUGCUCAGAGAGCUGUUCCUGGUUUUUGUGUUGGUAACCCGUAUCCAUAUUUGUCAAAGAAAUAUGGCAACAAGCAGUUACAAACGUGUUUACUGUGAAACAAAGCAAAGGGUGUUUCCUCCUUUUUGAUGCCUUUGAAUUAACAUCUUUUAAAUGACUAUUUGUAUAGCCCUUUAAUAAGGAGUAACUGUUCUUAAUACAUACAGAAAAAUUACUCACUGGACUAAAUUAUUUUUUGAGUUUCCCUGCUUUCCCUUGAAAAAAAAUAAAGCUUUUAU